AUGGGUGCUCCAGGAACUAGAUUUUCAGGGUUUUCUGUACUGGGAUUUGUGGGUUUUGUUUUGAAUGCAGCAAUUUUAUGCAAUGGAGGAAUCACAAGUAGUUUUGUUAGAAAGGUUGAGAAAACUAUUGAUAUGCCUCUUGACAGUGAUGUCUUCCGUGUGCCUCCUGGUUAUAAUGCGCCUCAACAGGUACAUAUUACUCAAGGAGAUCAUUUGGGAAAGGCCGUGAUUGUAUCAUGGAUUACCGUGGACGAACCAGGCUCAAAUACAGUCCUAUAUUGGAGUGAGAAUAGCAAGGACAAGAAGGAAGCAGAAGGAAAGCUUACCAAGUAUCAAUUUUACAAUUAUACCUCUGGUUACAUUCAUCAUUGCACCAUUAAAAAGUUAGAGUACAACACCAAAUACUACUACGAGGUUGGAAUUGGUCACACAACACGAACGUUCUGGUUCAGAACCCCCCCUGAAGUUGGCCCUGAUGCUCCUUAUACUUUUGGUCUUAUAGGGGAUCUUGGUCAAAGUUUUGACUCCAAUAGGACACUUACGCAUUACGAGAAAAAUCCAGCCAAGGGACAAACUUUGUUGUUCGUUGGUGAUCUCUCCUAUGCGGACAACUAUCCUAACCAUGACAAUGUAAGAUGGGAUACAUGGGGAAGGUUCGUUGAAAGAAGCGUUGCUUACCAACCUUGGAUUUGGACUGCAGGAAAUCAUGAAAUUGAUUUUGCUCCAGAAAUUGGUGAAACAAAACCCUUUAAGCCAUAUAGUCACCGUUAUCACACCCCUUAUAAAGUAUCAGAUAGCACCUCUCCCUUUUGGUACUCAAUCAAGAGAGCUUCAGCAUACAUCAUUGUUUUGUCCUCAUAUUCAGCUUAUGGAAAAUAUACUCCUCAGUAUAUAUGGCUUGAAGAGGAGCUACCAAAAGUCAACCGGAGUGAGACGCCAUGGCUGAUUGUUCUGAUGCACUCUCCGUGGUACAACAGCUAUAACUACCACUUUUUAGAAGGGGAAACCAUGAGAGUUAUGUACGAGCCAUGGUUCGUCCAGUACAAAGUUGAUGUUGUAUUUGCUGGUCACGUUCACGCAUAUGAGCGAUCUGAACGUGUAUCGAACAUUGCAUACAAUGUUGUGAAUGGAUUGUGCACUCCAAUACCUGAUCAGUCGGCCCCGGUUUACAUAACCAUUGGAGAUGGAGGGAAUCUUGAAGGCUUGGCCAACAACAUGACAGAACCACAGCCUAAAUACUCGGCUUAUCGUGAGGCCAGCUUUGGUCAUGCCAUUUUCGAUAUCAAGAAUCGAACCCAUUCUUACUAUAGUUGGCAUCGUAAUCAGGAUGGAUAUGCUACAGAAGCUGAUACCAUGUGGUUUUUCAACAGAGUCUGGCAUCCAGUAGAUGAUUCUACAACUGCUGAAUCAUGA